AUGGUUAUAUAUUCUGUUUUAUUAAAUAUUGUCUCUGCAACUGAUUUAUAUGCCGACAUUACUGGUAUACUAGAAGCUUAUGUGUCUUUUAAAACAAAUAGAACAGAAAAGCAAACAACACGUCAAUAUGAAAAGUCUUUAAAUCCUUUUUGGUGUGAGGAAUUUCCUGCUGUUGUUGAGGAUGGAGAAGAAAUCAUUUUUCAUAUUAAAAAUGGUAAAUCACUUAAGAAAUCUGUAGGAAUUGCAAGUUACGUAUUUUCUCCAAUGAAAAUUGGUGAGAUAAAAAGAGAAAAAAUUCCAAUUAAAGAUGUUGGUACGUUAACUAUUAAAAUCACCUGCCAGAACAUAGAACAACCAACUAAUAACUAA